GUCGCUCGGAGGGGGGUCAGACAACCGCCCACGAGAGAGGGACCGAGUUCUACAAGGAGAUCGGCCACAAAGGCGGAGAAACAGUUUGCGACGAAAAGGGGCGAGAGUUCUACCAAGAGAUUGGUCACAAAGGGGGGGAGACGGUUAAGCAGAAACGGGGGCCUGAGUUCUACAGGGAGAUCGGUCACAAGGGGGGGGAGGCUGUGAAAGAAAAGUACGGGCCUGAGUUCUACAAGGAAAUAGGGCACGAGGGGGGCGAGAAAGUGAAGGAAGAAAAAGGACCGGAGUUCUAUCGUGAGAUUGGACACAAGGGGGGGCAGAAAGGGGGGGAGACCGUCAAAGAAAAGUACGGUCCGGAAUUCUACAAGGAGAUUGGUCACAAGGGGGGGGAGACGGUGAAAGAGAAGUACGGUCCCGAAUUCUACAGUGAGAUCGGUCACAAGGGGGGGGAGAAAGUGAAGGAAGAAAAGGGGCCGGAGUUCUAUAGAGAGAUCGGUCACAAGGGGGGGGAGGCUGUGAAAGAUAAGCACGGGCCAGAAUUUUACCACGAGAUCGGCCAGAAGGGGGGGGAGAAAGUGAGGGAAGAGAAGGGCCCGGAAUUUUAUCGCGAGAUCGGCCACAAGGGGGGUGAGACAGUCAGAGACGAGAGGGGGCGAGAGUUCUACCAGGAGAUCGGUCACAAGGGGGGUGAAAAAGUGAAAGAGGAAAAAGGUCCAGAGUUCUACAAAGAAAUCGGUCAUAAGGGGGGUGAAAAAGUGAAAGAGGAAAAAGGUCCGGGGUUCUAUAGAGAGAUUGGACACAAGGGGGGGGAGACGGUGAAAGAAAAGUAUGGCCCGGAGUUUUCCCGGGAGAUCGGUCACAAAGGGGGGGAGAAAGUGCGAGACGAGAAAGGGCCUGAGUUCUACAGAGAAAUCGGUCACAAGGGGGGGGAGAAAGUGCGAGACGAGAGGGGUUCGGAGUUCUACAGGGAGAUUGGUCACAAGGGAGGGGAGAAAGUGAAAGAAGAGAAAGGGCCCGAGUUCUACAGAGAGGUUGGCCACAAGGGGGGGGAGAAGGUGCGUGACGAGAGGGGUUCGGAGUUCUACAGCGAGAUUGGCAAAAAGGGGGGAGAGAAGGUGAAAGAAGAAAAGGGUCCGGAGUUUUAUAGGGAGAUCGGUCAUAAGGGGGGCGAGAAAGUGCGAGACGAGAAGGGUUCGGAGUUCUACAGAGAGAUCGGCCACAAGGGGGGCGAGAAAGUGCAAGACGAGAGGGGUUCGGAGUCCUACAGCGAGAUUGGCCGCGAGGGGGGGGCAACAGGUCGAUCCGACAACCCGGAAAGACCCCCCGUCAGUCACAAGAGGCCGCACGAAGAGAGCGGCGGUCUCAAGGGGGGGGCGGCGGAAUCCGCGGGGGUCAAGCUUCCGUCCUAUAGGAUCGUCGAAGGGAUCAGAGUCGAGAAGGACGUAGACUUCUACAAGGCGGUGGGGUAUAAGGAGCCAGCUUUUCCGGAGUCGACCAUUCGGAUCGUUCCCGAUAAGAGCAACGGGGACGUCUGGAAAUACAAAGGUGCUGAGAACGAGGAAAGCGCGGGAGUAUGA